GGGGAGGGAUGCGGCGGCUCCGUGCCCAGGAUGCCCCGAAGCCCCGGGACGCGCCUCAAACCCGCCAAGUACAUCCCGGUGGCUACAGCCGCUGCGCUGCUGGUGGGCUCCAGCACCCUGUUCUUCGUGUUCACGUGCCCGUGGCUGACUCGCGCCGUGUCCCCGGCGGUCCCUGUCUACAAUGGUAUCAUCUUCCUCUUCGUCCUGGCCAACUUCAGCAUGGCCACCUUCAUGGACCCCGGAGUCUUCCCACGAGCGGACGAGGACGAGGACAAGGAAGAUGACUUCCGGGCCCCGCUCUACAAGAACGUGGAUGUGCGGGGCAUCCAGGUCCGCCUGAAAUGGUGCGCCACCUGCCACUUCUACCGCCCGCCCCGCUGCUCCCACUGCAGCGUCUGCGACAACUGCGUUGAGGACUUUGACCACCACUGCCCGUGGGUCAACAACUGCAUUGGACGCCGCAACUACCGCUACUUCUUCCUGUUCCUGCUCUCGCUCAGCGCGCACAUGGUGGGCGUGGUCGCCUUCGGCCUGGUCUACGUGCUGAACCACGCCGAGGGGCUGGGGGCCGCCCACACCACCAUCACAAUGGCCGUCAUGUGCGUGGCCGGCCUCUUCUUCAUCCCGGUCAUCGGUCUCACCGGCUUCCACGUGGUGCUGGUUACUCGGGGGCGCACCACCAACGAGCAGGUGACGGGGAAGUUCCGAGGGGGUGUGAACCCCUUCACCCGUGGCUGUUUCGGGAAUGUGGAGCAUGUGCUCUGCAGCCCUCUGGCGCCCCGCUACGUGGUGGAGCCACCCCGAGCGCCACUCUCUGUGAGCUUGAAGCCACCCUUCCUGAAGCCAGAGCUACUGGAGCGAGGCACCACACUCAAGAUCAAGCUGAGCGACAACGGGCUAAAGGCCAGCCUGGGCCGCAGCAAGUCCAAAGUCAACCUGGACCAACUGGAUGAGAAGCCAUUGGGCCUGGGGCCGCCACUGCCCCCAAAGGUGGAGGCGGGUUCCUUCAGCAGCGACCUGCAGGCCACCCGCCGGGGCAGUGCUGAGAGCGCCUUGUCUGCACAGGGAGCCAGCCCCCCGACACCUGCUAUGUACAAGUUCCGACCUGCCUUCUCCACGGCUCCCACGGCGCCUUUUUGUGGCCAGAGCGAGCAGGUCCCAGGGCCGGACUCCUUGACACUGGGCGAUGACAGCAUCCAUAGCAUGGACUUUGCGUCGGAGCCGAGCCUGGACCUCCCUGACUACACACCUGGUGGGCUGCAUGCUGCCUACCCGCCGUCCCCGCCGCUCAGUGCCGCCAGUGCCUUCCAGGGCGCCUUGCGUACUCUGAGCCUCAAGGCUGUGGGACGGCGGGGUGGGGACCACGUGGCCCUGCAGCCCCUGCGCUCUGAGGGUGGCCCCACCCCACCCCACCGUGGCCUCUUUGCCCCCCACGCACUGCCCAACCGCAAUGGCAGCCUCUCCUAUGACAGCCUGCUCAACCCCGGCUCGCCCGGAGGCCACCCGUGCCCAGCCCAUCCCUCUGCCAGCGUGACUAGCUACCGUUCACCCUAUCUGUACCCGGGGGCUGCUGGUGAGCCACCUCGGCCCCCAGCCCGCAGCUUCAGCCCUGUGCUGGGCCCGAGGCCCCGGGAGCCCUCACCCGUCCGCUACGACAACCUCUCCAGGGCCAUCAUGGCCUCCAUCCAGGAGCGCAAGGACAGAGAGGAGCGAGAGAGGCUGCUGCUCUCCCAGGCCGACUCACUCUUUGGGGACUCGGGCGUCUAUGAGGCACCCAGCGCCUACAGCCUGCAGCAGGCCAGUGCGCUGCUGGCCGAGGGCUCCCGGGCUGCCCCGAGGCACUACAGCUCCAGGGAUGACCUGGUGUCGGGGCCUGGCUUUGGGGGAGCUCGCAACCCCGCUCUGCAGACCUCACUGUCCUCACUGUCCAGCACAAUGAGCCGGGCGCCCAGGACCUCGUCCUCCUCCUUGCAGGCAGAGCUGGCCAACAGCCACGUCCCGGGGCCCCGGCCGGGCAGUGGCCCCCACAGGUCACCUGCACGCCACGGACCGCCAUCCCCACCCAGUACCCCACGCUCGCCCUCCUACAUGGGCCCCAAAGCUGUUUCUUUCAUCCACACGGAUCUGUCGGAGACGCCAGCCUCGCUGGCCAUGCAGAGGGACCACCCUCAGCUGAAGACCCCCCCAAGUAAGCUUAAUGGGCAGUCCCCAGGCCUGGCUCGACUGGGGCCUACUGCUGGCUCUCCAGGGCCCUCCACCAGCCCUGCCCGACACACGCUCGUUAAGAAGGUGUCUGGCGUAGGGGGGACCACGUAUGAGAUCUCCGUGUGAGGACUGCCUGCCACCAGCCCGCGGGGCCACACCCUCAACUUCUCUGCCCUCUCCUGGUGUGGACACGUCAUAGGCGGCUCUCCACCCCCACCCCGCCCACCUUGCCUGUCUGUUUGUCUAACUGCUCAUCAGGGAAGGCCAGACAGGCUCGGCUGGGCCUGGGGCUGCCACCUGGCCCGUCCACAGGCCCUGCCCUGGGCCUGUAGCCCCUCCAUCCUCCAGGCUCAGCCCUGAUGCUGUCAGGUGUCCCCCGAGACCAUCACCAGGCUACUUCCCAAGAGUCUCUCAGUCCGGCCCACUCCCCUCACAAAUGGCUCAGAGAGGGACGGCGGAGAGCUUGGGCUACACCCCCACCCUGUGGCCCCCACAUGCCUGGGCUGCCCCAACACGUUGCCUUUUGUGGAACCGGCCAGAGAUGUGGAGCCUGGCCGGCCGCUGCUCUGCAGAUGGCUCCGCCCCAGUCCUCAGCCAGCCGGCACGGCACUGGCUUCUGUGGGUGGGCAGACGGACAGACAGAGAGACAGCUAGCUUUGGCGGGGGUCCCCGCUCUGUGUGUCCCUGUGUCUGUGUUGAGCUGCUGCGCUGCCCCCACCUGCUGCCGGGAAACGCAUCCGUUUAAGCCUUAACCUCUCCCUAUGUGCUUGUGGGAGGUGGUGGGGGUGGCGGUGGGGCAGAUGAGCAAAAGCUCAGGGGGCUGACACAGUCCCCAGGCCCCUAAGACCAGGAAUCCCACUCUACCCCUCCUGCCCUUCCUGCCAAACUGGACAAUUCCCACCCCACGGCAUGCCAAGUCCCUGGGCCCUGGCCCCCUCAGAGCCGUGGGCACCCGCUGUGGGAAGCACGUGGGGGUGCAGAACUGAGCGCUUCCUGGGCGUCAGGGCCCUAGAGUAAGCACAUGACAGCGUCUGCUCGCCUUGUGUUUGUUUUAUGUUUUUAUAUCUACAUCUAUACAUCUAUAAUUUUAUUAAAAAAAGAAAAAGAGU